UCAUACCUCCAAAGAAGCCUUAAAUACUUUGGAAAUCAUAAUGCAUGAUAACUUUCAGGAGUUAUUAAAUGUUCGUAAAUCUUUAAAGAGUAAAUUUUUUGGACUGGUUGAGGAAGAACAGGUGGGCGGUGAUAAAACAGCCGAUGAACAAUCCGAAAAUUCUAUACCGCGAAAUGAGGCAGAAAAUAAUUCCAGUCAAAAUAUUUUUAAUCCUCAAAGUUCAGAAGAAAGACAAGAAAAUAUCUUGCGACAAAGCCAAGAAGUAGUUCCGUCCAACAAAAUAAAAGAGAAAUUUGUCAUUAAAAUCCUGCGGCAGAAAAUCCAACCCCAAAACUUUUCUUUAAAAAUAAUCAAAAUUAAAGGACUAGGCAAAAGAUUUAAGGAAUUAGGAGAAAACUUUUCUUCUCGAAAAGAAAUAAAAAACCUAUUACAACGUUUCAAAAUUGAGAUAGAUCCUAAUCAGAAAAUUAGUUGGAAGACUGCUGACGAUGAAGAAUUUACUAUUGAAGCAACUCAACAACUUCCCGAAGAAAAAAAAAUUAGGAGAAAAAUAAUUCAAAUUAUUUUUAGAAAAUGUUCUUUUGUUAAUUUGGCUAACUCGAUAGAAAUAGAUUCAGCAAAUCGUUUGGUAGACAAAUUUUUGCAAGUCAGUAAUUUAGAAAUAGUAUCUCA